AUGAUUUCAGCAAUAUCCAGUCCGUGGCUGACGCAGCUGUCCCAUUUUUGCGAUGUUGCAGCCUUCACGACCAGCAGCCUAAGCAGCCUCAACGCACCGGGGAGUUACCAUCUCUCUCCGUCCCCCGGGGACCCCUACAGCCAACAUGAAACCCACUUUGAGCCAUGCCCGGCCGCUCAACACAGCUACAACUACUCGGGGUCGAACCCCGCACAGGCCCAGCAGAGCGACACCGGGUCUUCCAACUGUUCCUCGUCGUCCCCCAGUUCCACACCGAACAGCAAGUCUCUGGUGAAAAAGAACCCUAAGGUGGCCAACAUUAACGUUCAGUUGGAGAUGAAAGCUUUAUGGGAUGAAUUUAAUCACCUGGGAACGGAAAUGAUCGUUACUAAGGCUGGAAGGCGAAUGUUUCCAACAUUUCAAGUGAAAAUAUUUGGAAUGGAUCCUAUGGCAGACUACAUGCUGCUAAUGGAUUUCCUACCAGUCGACGACAAACGAUACAGGUAUGCUUUUCACAGCUCCUCGUGGCUGGUGGCGGGUAAAGCUGACCCUGCUACUCCCGGGAGAGUUCACUACCACCCGGACUCUCCCGCCAAGGGCGCACAGUGGAUGAAGCAGAUAGUCUCAUUCGAUAAACUAAAACUCACUAACAAUUUACUGGAUGACAAUGGACAUAUCAUUCUGAACUCAAUGCACAGAUACCAGCCGAGAUUCCACGUCGUCUACGUGGACCCACGCAAAGACAGUGAGAAGUAUGCCGAGGAGAAUUAUAAGACCUUUGUUUUUGAGGAAACACGGUUCACGGCGGUCACAGCGUACCAGAACCACAGGAUAACGCAGCUAAAAAUCGCCAGUAAUCCUUUCGCAAAGGGCUUCAGGGACUGUGAUCCGGAGGACUGGCCCAGGAAUCACAGGCCAGGCUCUCUGCCAAUUAUGAGUGCCUUUGCCAGAACAAGGAAUCCAAUGUCUUCUCCCCCACUUCAGAACGGCUCAGAGAAAGAGGACACUAGGCGGGACUACGACCGGGACCCCAAUGGCACGCCGAUACACGCUGACCCCGCCCACCAGCUGAUGUCACGUGUCCUCAGCCCUGCCCUCCCCGUCCAAGGAGGCCUCCACGCCGCCCCCCUCACCAGUGGCCGGCCAAGCCCUCCCCACGACCUGCGCAUCCCGGACGGCCACCCACUGGCCCAAGACACCCUGCACCACCACCCCUACAAGUACCCCACAUCCUACGAACACUACCUGGGGGCUAAGACCCGGCCGUCGCCCUACCCCUUACCCGGCAUCAGAGGACACACGUACCACCACCACAUGAACCCAGCCACAGCUAACAUGUACUCCACAACUAGUGCCCCCGCUAACUAUGACUACGGUCCCAGAUAAUGACUGUAUAGCUGUAGCCGGCAGCCACGGCCCACACACCUGGGCUUCGGCUACUAGCUAGCUAGUGCUGUGGAAAAGGAAACACGCAGGGGUGGAGGGACAACAACACAACUCUGUCUUCAUGGCUGAUGCAACGUCAGGAGGUUAGAAGGUUGGGAGGUUGUGCGGCACACCCGGUUGCUGGAUACCCCAUUCCCUCAGAGAGACAAAAACUACCGUAUUUAUUUAAGGGAAACGUAUCUUGGCAGGAAGUACAGACUGGCCCUCUGAGACCGAGCAGGGGUCUUUCUUGACCUCUGAACUUUGACAGCAAUAGCUCUACAUGAGGGCACCUUUUUGCCUGCGUGGUAGAGCGGCGCAGACAGUGAGCCAGCUUACAGAGGAAACAGCUUACCAGGGCCUUCUCUUAAAACAUGGAUGACGCAUUAUAUUCGGACUGGAAUUGAUUCUUUUUUUUGUGUUGGAUGCACUUUUUGUUAUUUUUGCUUUCAGAAAAGCCAUAUGUUAUAUAGUCAAUCAAGCUUCCAUAGAUAGACCAGACAUUUGCAUGUUGAGCUCAUUGGAUAGGUGUUGAAACACCUAAUUGUUUUUGAGAAGAAAAAAAUAUUUUUUAACCAUCUUGAGAUGCCGCCCUGAGAAGCUUGCACCAUGGCACUGACUUGCAACAAUUCAAAGUCAAUAAAG